ACAAUAAAAUUUUACACGAAGGGAAGUGUGAUUUAAUUUGUUAUUAUAUGUAUUAUGUGUUAUAUUACAUAGUACAUUUCAUAAUUCAAAUUAAGAACAGUUUUUAAUUUAGCGCAAAAUAAUGUUUAUUUUAUUCCCUACUUUAAUUGUACUUUUUCAAUUUUUAGAAGUACAGUGUUUAUUUAAUACUACAAAGUGUGUAAAAUACACUCAAUAAGAACACACGUUUAUUCAGUUUUAAAAAUAUGUAGAACGUUACACAUGAGAUACAAGUAUGUGAUGUGUCUUUAUUUAUUUUCUUGGAAAUAUAUGUAUAUAUACAAUUUUCUUCAUUUCACCUUAUAUUUCAAAAUAUAAUGGUUACUGCAUCUGAAAAAAAAUGGGAAAGCGUAUUAAAGGAACUUCCUUCAAGUAAGAUAUAUGCUAAAUUUGAUGAUGAUGGGUGCUACUAUGUCUGGGAAAGUUAAUAAACCUGCAGGAAAGGAUAAAACUGAAGAAAUUGGUAAUUUUAAGGAUAAUUGUUUGUUUCUGAAAUAUUGGGUAUUUGAUGAAAUAAGUAAAAUGAAUAAUGAUGACUUGACGAAUUUAAAUAUCAUUCCCGUAAUAGAUAAACUAAAUUAUAUACAAUACCAUUUGAAUAAAAAAUCUGAAAUAAACAUUUGUCAUAAUAAUUAUUAUGAAUAUAUAAAUUAUUCGAAAGAAGAAAAAAUGCUAUACGAAUAUUUUAAAGAUUUUGAUGCUAUAGAAAAAUAUAUUAAUUCUGUAAAUAAUGAAGAAAGCAAAUUUAUUACUUACAUUAAUAAUAUUAAAGGAAUUUACAAGAAAAAAAAAGACAAGGAACAUUGUUGUGAUAAAAACUAUGAUCUUUGUUAUAGUUAUUUCCAAUGUCAUCCAAAAUAUGAUCCCAGUAACCUUUUACUUUUAUUGGAUAAAGUUAAAAAGCUUACUCAAAAAGCAUCAGAUGAAAGUGGACAAACUAGUGAUACGGAACAAAACGCUAAUCCACUCACCACAAAAUAUAGAACUACAAUUCACAACGUUAAAUGUUUAAUAAAUUAUGGUGCCAGGAAUGAUGGUUAUGCAUUUUUAUCAUGCUAUAAUAUAGGAAAAGGGUAUCCAAAUGUUGAACAUAUAUUUACACCUACAGAAGAAGAAAAAAAAAAGGCUUCUGAAGAACUUGGAAAAGAUCCUAAAGUCAGUGAAGAUAAUGAACAAGCAAGAUCUGAGCUUUUAGCUCAGGAUGAUUCCAAAUUACAAUCUGCAGCAUCAGAUAAGGGUGGAAGAGUUGCUAAGAGUACAACACCAAAAAUAGGAAUACCAGAGUCAUUAAAGGGUUACACUUUUUUAGGUGAAUACGUGAGAAGGGAAGCAAAGGAGAAUUAUGGAAAAUAUCAGUUAGGUCGCAGAAUAGCACAGUUAUUUUCAGGAAUAGGAAAUACGAAUAAUGCGGGAAACACUGAAAUUAAAGUAAAUUGUUCGAAUUCAAGAAUCGAGGAAGGGAAACUAAUAUGUGUUAACUUACAAGAUGGGAAGGAAGAAUAUGUAUACGAGAAAGGAAUAAUAACAGGAAGUAUAUACUAA